UGAGACCCGACUUGUUUGGCCGGCCCGUGUCCUGAGUCAUUCCAGGCCGACUGGGAUAGGCCGGGCCGAGAAACCUUUCCUUCCCUACGGCGCCUCCUUCGUCUCUUGCCCGUUCCCACCCUCAACAGCGAAGAGUCCACUCAUGGAGACCGCCGUCUUCUCCGCCGCCUCCCUCUUCCACGGCGCCGACGACAGCGACGACGACCGAGACGAGAUGCAGGUCAGCGACGAGGGGAAGAAGCCGGCGAAGUUGGAGUAUGAGGAGAGAGCCCACGACUUCCCUGGCAUGAAACUGAGUGUAAGGGAGUUCUCAUGCCAUGAGCUUAAUGCCAACCUUUUGUGGCCUGGGACAUUUUCAUUUGCUACUUGGCUGGUUAAGAACCAGUCGAUUUUGGUUGGACGGCGUAUCCUAGAAUUAGGAAGUGGGACAGGAGCUCUGGCUAUCUUUCUUAGGAAGGCAUUUGAGGUGGACAUUACAACCUCUGAUUAUGAUGACAAGGAAAUCGAAGAGAACAUAGCUUACAAUUGCAGAGCGAAUACCUUGGAUGUCUUACCUCAUAUCAGACACACAUGGGGACACCCAUUUCCAGUUUCCAGACCAGAUUGGGACAUUGUCAUUGCAAGCGAUAUCCUACUUUAUGUUAAGCAGUAUGACAAUCUGAUCAAAACAGUGUCCUUUCUUUUGAAUGAAUACAAGCAGAAUGGUCACAAAUCUGACAGCAUAACCAUCACGAACAAAUCAGGAACGCAAGUACCUGCAAAAUCACCAGUGUUUCUGAUGAGCUGGCGCAGAAGAAUCGGAAAGGACCAAUCACUUUUCUUCGAUGGGUGCGAGAAAGCGGGCCUGGAAGUGCAGCACUUGGGUGAUCUUGUGUACCUCAUCAGCAAAAAGAGGUGAAAAUUGAGGAAAUGAUAUCCUUGAAAAAAAAUUGAGGAAACGACACUCAUCGUUAAAUUUCUCACGAACGGCACAGGGGAAUAUACCUGGGUGGUCAGUGUUAGGGACGAAAACGUGGAUUUUGAAUAGGUUUUGUUAGUGAUAUUUUAAUCAACUUUCCAGUAAACACUGGUUUGUUUGAGGAAACAAAGGUACUGGAAGGACCCAUUUUCUUUUGGAAAAUUGGAUGCACCCUCUUUCUUCGAUUCUAGGUGGGAUAUACUGUCGUUACUUACAAUUGUAAUAAUACUCUACAGAGCAAGAGCUGUUAUUAGAGAGGCACC